UUCAUAAAUGAAUACAUGGGUGGGCGUUGCAUCCAAGACUCUGACCUUGCUUGUACUGGAUCUUUCUAAAAUUUUUAACCUUUUAAUCGUCUGAACACCCAAGAUUUUGAUUCCGGCUUAUGUGAUCAAUGCACAAUUUUCUCUUUCCCCAUAUGGGUUGAAGUCAACAUGAACUUUCCUUCUCUUCUCUUUCUUAUCCCUGCCAUCUGUGGUGAACUUGAAAUGUCCACCCUAACUAAUCUUAUGCGGAUCUGUCAUGUGCAUAUUCCCCUGUUUCAAAGGAAGGUUUCCCCUUUUCUAUUAUUUCUCCUUCUAUAAGUAUUAUUAAUGGAGUUAGUUUGUCAUGUUAUAGUUUACUUCUUUCUCCUGCAAAGAAGUUGAAGGAGGAGAAGAGAGAAAAGAACAUGGGGUUGACGGUGCUUUUGGUUUUUGGAUUGAUUUUGAAUGCUGCAAUGUUAUGCAAUGGUGGUGUUACAAGUUUAUUUGUCAGGAAAGUCGAACCCACCAAAGAUAUGCCUCUUGAUAGUGAUGUAUUCCGAGUCCCACCAGGCUACAAUGCUCCUCAACAGGUUCAUAUAACACAAGGAGAUCAUGAUGGAAAGGGUGUGAUAGUAUCUUGGGUCACCCCAUCAGAGCCUGGUUCGAAUACUGUGCUUUAUUGGACUGCAAAUGAUAAGCACAAGUAUCAUGCUGAAGGACACGUUAGAAAAUACAAGUUUUACAAUUAUACUUCGGGUUUUAUUCAUCAUUGCACGCUUAGGAACUUAAAGAUUGAUACCCAAUAUUACUAUGAGGUUGGAAUCAAGCACACAAUGCGCCAGUUCUCUUUUAGAACUCCUCCAAAAGUUGGUCCGGAUGUUCCUUAUACUUUUGGCCUCAUAGGGGAUCUUGGUCAGAGUUUUGAUUCGAACAGAACACUUGCACACUAUGAAUCCAACCCCAAUGGGCAAACAGUUCUAUAUGUCGGGGACCUUUCAUAUGCGGAUAAUUAUCCAUUUCAUGAUAAUGUCAGAUGGGAUACAUGGGGUAGAUUUACUGAGAGGAGUGCUGCCUACCAACCUUGGAUAUGGACUGCAGGCAAUCAUGAGAUUGAUUUUGUUCCUGAAAUUGGUGAAAAGGUCCCAUUUAAGCCAUACAGAAAUCGUUAUCAUACACCCUAUAGAGCAUCAGGAAGUACAUCUUCAUUAUGGUACUCCAUCAAGCGGGCAUCGGCAUAUAUCAUUGUCCUUUCUUCCUACUCAGCUUAUGGGAAGUACACUCCCCAAUACAGAUGGCUUGAAGCAGAGCUACCUAAGGUGGACAGAAAGGAAACUCCAUGGUUGAUUGUGCUCAUGCAUUCACCAUGGUAUAACAGCUAUAACUAUCAUUAUAUGGAAGGAGAAACCAUGAGAGUGAUGUACGAGCCAUGGUUUGUGCAAUACAAAGUAGAUGUUGUAUUUGCUGGUCAUGUUCAUGCUUACGAACGAUCGGAACGCAUAUCCAACAUAGCAUACAACGUAGUGAAUGGACAGUGCACCCCAAUAAGUGAUCAAUCUGCUCCUGUCUACAUUACCAUCGGAGAUGGAGGAAACCUCGAAGGAUUGGCAACCAAUAUGACUGAGCCUCAGCCAAAGUAUUCAGCCUAUCGUGAAGCUAGUUUUGGGCACGCCAUUUUUGAGAUAAAGAACCGAACACAUGCCUAUUACACUUGGCACCGAAACCAAGAUGGAGAAGCUGUGGCAGCUGAUUCCACAUGGUUUUACAAUAGAUUCUGGUACCCAUUGGAAGAACCCACCUCAGCUAUGAAAUAAUAAUUCAAGAUUCUUAUUUCUUGUCUGUUUUAUGUGUUCUUUGGCUAUACGUGUUCUUUGUUUUGGUAGGUUUAUAUCAAAACAAGAAGAAAGCAAGUGAAAUUCACUCUUUAAAGUAUCGUGGGGAAAUUCACUUUUCUUCUUCUUUGUAUUAUGACAUUUAUAAUGCCCAUAUUAUCAGAAAAGUGAAGCCAUUCAAACCUUGCUGCAUCAACCUUUCUUGACGGCAGAUAUGCGGAUAACUCAAGGCAUUUAAUAAAAAGGUCUUUUCUUUAUUAGAUUA